AUGACAUCCUCCUCUAUCUCCAACUUCAAGAAGCUUCUUUUGAAGAAAUGCGUUAGUAUUCUCUCGAAACGCAAGGAGGAGAGCAUUUCCAACGACGCCCUCCUCGACGAUGCCUUCGCAGCCGCUCUCGCCGACUUCGAGCGCACCCCGGCUCCUCAGCCCCUUCGUGUCGACAUUGGCGAGGUCUUUGAGGAGAGCAACCUGUCUUUUGAGGACUUCAUGGCCACUCUGGCAGCCACACCUCCUCCACAAACCGUAGGAAGCUCCACUAUCGUCACCCAUGAUGUCCACCCCCAGGGAACCAAGAUGCCAGCCCUCAAACAGAUCACCUCGCUAACUCACGCCGCUGCCGUUUUGGACGAGAUUGAUGACCACCUUACAGUUGACAAAAAGUACAUCGGCAAGCCCUCUAAGCGUGGUUCCACUGCAGUCCCUGCAUCAGGAGUUCACGACUAUGAAAUCGUUCCCCUCUCGCCGACUCCUAAGCUAUCGAAGGAGCAGAUGAAUAAACAAUUCCGUCCGAAAGGUGUCGUGGCAUCAGACAAUGAUCAGGUCAACGCUUCAGAGGUCGUCGCUACCGCGCCCAACGGUUCUAAUCUCGACGGGGCAGCAAUCCUUCCGAAUAACAAUAUGGCCCUUGCGGAAGAGCCGAAAGCAAUGCAUGCGAACAGCUCUAAAAACAGUUCUGCUGGCCCCUUGUUUGCAGGCAACCGAGUUGAGACUACGAAGACCAGAGUCGCGCUGGGUGUGAGGAACGCUCACGAGGUUAGCAAUAUCAUGGCUGGCAGGAUUGAUCACGCCAAUGCAAACGAAGCUGCCCAGGCGAAUGAUCCCCUCGGGGCACACAAGAAGGACUCUUACAGCUUCUUUCCUCCCCCGUCUAAGCAAUCCGAGCUUCACCGUAGCCCCACUGCUUUUCCCAUCCGGACCUCCUCCUCUAUCGCCACCGCCGGGUUUAAGGGUAUUCACAGGCCACCCCCAGCGGACGCUCCGCCAUCUGCUGCGAUGCUUGGCCGCACUGGAACCUGGACCAACGACCAUCAGGCUCGAAUGGAAGGUGGCAUCGCUCGACGUGCUGCUGCUGAGCGCCACGGUUAUCAGAAGCUGAUGCGCAAGAUGACGGCAGAGUACGAGAAGUCAUUGGAGGAGCCGAAGAGAAGCCUGAACCCUUUCAGGCGUCUUCGUCCUCAUCAGGAUGAGUGA